AUGCGAAAGCAUGAAACACUUUUGGAAAGAAUUGAAGAGUUUACUCUUCAAUUUGAGUACAGUGUUUAUAAGGCCUCGUUGUUUAGUGGGGAGAGUUUAAUGGUGAACGCAAGUACAUUAUUGCUCUUUACGCUAGGACAACAUGGGUUAUCUCGGGUUGAAGAUCGAAAGAUUGAAUACUAG